GACUUUUCGGUGUCCCUCUAUAGAAUAGUCUAUAUUACCCUUACUCACAAUUCAAAUUGCAUUAAAUAAAUAAAAAAAUAAUACUUAAUGCCAAGAUUUAAGGAAAGUGUGAUACAAAUUUACUACAUAUGUUAUUUUCCUAAGGGAAGCAUUCUGAUUAGAAAAAAGUCAAAGUAAGAUUGUUUAGUGACAACAAUAAUUGUGUUAAGUAUACUUAUGGCCCCUUGACUUUGCCUUAAGUUAUUGUUUGGCCCCUCAUCUUAAAAAGGUAUAGUUUGCCUCUUCCCUCUAACGCCGUUAGAUUUUCUCAAAUAAAACAUUCCAAAAAAAAUAAAAAAUAAAAGUAAAAAAACAAAAACAAAACCCACAAACAGGAGAGAGAAAGUGAACCAACGUAUUUAACACAUAGUGCUUACUGCUUAUAUCGUAUACGGAGUACUUUCAAAGGAAAAACAAAAAUCACACAAAAACCCAUCAAUUUUCAUUAAAGAAGGUUACAACUUUCAAGCCUACAAUUAUCAAGGUUGAAGGUCCGGGCUCCGCAAAAUAUCGUCAUUAUCGUCUUCCUUCAUUCACAGUCGCCGGCAUAUGUUGCAUUUGUUGCAGUUGCGCUUCUUUGUUGAUUUUGGGUUAAAUUAAAGUAAAGCUCCGAUAUAUACUACACUUAUUUGGGUUGAUUCUUAAUUAUCUUGCUUAGUUGCUUGCAAAAGAAAGGGAAGAAAAUAUUUGGUCCCAUACAUUUUACAUAUUUUAUAUCAUAAUAUUAAUUGAGAAGAAGAUGGAUCUAAGCGUUUGACACAUGGAAAUGAUAACUCCUGUAAAAUGACACGCAAGGCAUGAGAUAGACAAAGGGGAUUACUUUUGACUUUGGGAGUAAUAAGGGGUAAAAUUGCAAUUUCAUUAGCUCACAAAAAUCAUAUUUCAAAUACUUCAUCAUUUAACCGUUAGUUAGAUAAUCUACUCCUAAUUCUACGUAAAAUAAAUAAUUAUAAAAUAAUUUCAAUAUUAAACUUAAAUUUAAUUUUCUCAAAAAUUUAGGCAGAUUAACUGACAAAUGUAACUCGUAUAAUUAUGUGUGCAACGUGUAUAUAGGCAUAUAGUCAUAUGGGAUGAUGAUAUAUGUAAAGUUGCGACAAUAUUUAGUUGUCGCAAUUUUACGUGUCAAAGUUCAAUCUAUCUAUUACAUUAUACUAAAAUAGACACAAGGAGUGACACGUGUCACCUUUGGUGGAAAAAAAAUUCCGCCAAAAGUUUUUUCUGUUUUAUUCUUUUAUGUAUUUCAAUUAACUUUUAUGGUAAAGAUUUAGUAGUUUGACUAAAAUUUUAUCUUUCGCUGCUUGUUUGAUCUUCAAUAUAAUUUUUCAAUUGUAAUUAAUUUAAUUUCUCAAAAAUAAUAUUUGUAAAAUCAUAAAAUGUUUCAUAACAUUAUUAAUCUUUUGAAUAUCUGCAAGAUCGUUUAUAUUCCGUACUGCUUUAUUUUUGAACUAUUUUUUGUUACUCAAAUAUUUUACAAAAAGAAUGAUAAAAAAUAUUUUUUCUAUUAUAUUAUCCGUGCGAGCACGGGAUCUAAUAUAGUUAGUACAUAUAGGCGUCACGUAAGUUAUGUGUAAUCGGAAUAUUUUUAUUGUCAAUGAAAUAUUUUUACUAUGAAAAUCUCUAUUAUAUAAGCCAGCUCCUGAGGACUUUUUAGUAAAUUAACUUUUCGUGUCCCCAAACUAAAUGACGAAAAUACCCCAGAUAUCUCUCAAUCCUAAUUCGGUGUAUCAGUGUAUGCGUUUGCUGCUCCUCUUCUCACUUUUCUCUCUCCUCACCUUUCCAUCACCAAACAACACUGCAUUUCUAGGGUUAGACUUCUCCCGCAAAGAUGGUAUUCAAUCAACUCUAUCUUCGAUCGCCUCGACGGCGGCGUCUCCCUCAACAGCCGCGACGGAAAUGGGUUUUAGGGUUUCUAAGGAAAUUUUUUCAUUGAAGGAGAGAGAUUCAAAUUGAAACUUCCGUAAAAAAUAAUCGAAUUAGGGGUUUAGGAAAGGGGAUUCGAUUAUAAAUAAGAACGGAUUGAAGGUAGAUAAUGGAGGAGAUAGAAAUCGAUGGUGGGUGAUGGCUCCUUGGAGGCGGCGGCGAUGGCGGCUCACCUUCCAUUUCAUCCUUUCAGAAUCUUUCAACUUCUUGCAGAAUUUUUAAUCGCUGGAAUUCUGUUGCACCAACUGAAGUUGAUGAAUCACAUUUUAUCAUCAAACCCUCAAUUUCAAAUAAUCCAGUUAACCACAUUAACAAGGACAAGGCCAUUAGGGAGAUUAGAUCUUCUGCGGUUGAAAGACACAAAGGAGAGAACAGCAAAAAAUGGUCUUCAUAUUCUUCUCGGAGGUGUUUGUGCCUUGGCUGUUGUUGUCUUCUUUCGCUGUAGGAAGCUGAGUGAAUAAUGCAAUGUAAUGGCGAGUAUUCUGCUUAGACGAUGAGCCAGGAGUGCAUAGGGUGUGAAUACCUGAUUAGGAGGUGCCAGGCCUAAUAAUGUCUAGAGAUUUUGGGGAUUACUGCAUCAAGGAGUUUGGCCUUAUAUCAGUGCCUGAAGUGACACAGAAGAAUAUUACCACCAAAGACCAGUUCAUCGUGUUGGCAACUGACGGGGUGGAGCCAAUUCGUAAUCUGUUUGCUGCUCUUUUCCUUAUAUCAAGUUUCUUAUUACGGCUUAAAUUGACUUAUAUGCAAAUCUCUAUUAUCAACAGCACAAAUUCUUUAUUUUGGUACUUAGAUUUAGAUUAUUUGUCAUGUAAAGGCAUGAUUAUUGUUUUUCACUAUUUAGAGGUAUGAUUGUAAAAUAUAACCUUAUUUUUUUUUAAAUAUGAACUUUGUGAACA